AUGGCUAUCCACUACCUCAUUCUUCUCUCUCGCCAGGGCAAAGUGCGCCUCGCAAAGUGGUUCACCACCCUGUCGCCGAAGGAAAAAGCCAAGAUCGUCAAGGACGUCUCUCAGUUGGUUCUCGCCCGUAGAACCCGCAUGUGCAACUUCCUCGAGUACAAGGGUCAGUUACCAAUGAAGCCCGGCAUCAUCAUAGCCGAGCAUCGCCUGACAUUUUUCCAUGCAGAUUCCAAGAUCGUUUACCGCAGAUAUGCCUCGCUGUUCUUCAUCGCCGGCGCCGCCUCGGACGACAAUGAGCUGAUCACCCUCGAAAUCAUCCACCGAUACGUCGAGCAGAUGGACAAGUACUACGGCAACGUGUGCGAGCUGGAUAUCAUCUUCUCUUUCACCAAAGCCUAUUACAUCUUGGACGAGCUGUUGUUGGCCGGAGAACUGCAAGAAAGCAGUAAAAAGAACGUGCUGCGAUGUAUAUCUCAGCAGGACUCGCUCGAGGAUAUGGAGGUCGAGGACGAGGUUACGAAGAUUAUGUAA